GUUUGGAAAAGAGAAGCAGAGCUUUCAAUUGCAAACGAGCUUCCAGAAGACCUCUUUUCAUAACCUUUGGGAAUCAUUCCAAGAAGGAAGAUCGAGUGCUUCUGGGUUCUUUAAGAAUGAAAGACUGUAUUCCACCGUUGAAGGAACCCAAAACUUCGCAGUUUGAACCACAAAGUGUCGGAUGUAAGAUUCCUCAGGUAGAGCUAGAGGGUCUGUUGGAACGUUGUCUUACAGACCAUUCUUGUCAGGAAAGUGAUCCUCCCCCAUCGUUUUGUCAGGGAAUCGGUUCUGAUUGUUCUCUACAACCGAGUGGAGUCCCGGAUGUGUUUUUAGCCUCUACAACCGACUUUUUCUAUCCUCUUGUGGAGGACCCUUAUGUUAUGGGCAAGAUUGGAGCAACUAACGUAUUGUCAGAUUUGUAUGCAGCAGGAAUAACCAGUUGUACUAAUGUCUUGAUGAUAUUAGCUGGCAGCUCAGAUAUGCCUCUUGAGGAACGAAGAAUAGUAUUGGAAUUGAUGAUAAAGGGUUUUUCUGAUCAAGUAGAAAAGGCUGGCAGUAAAGUAACAGGUGGUCAAACCAUAUUUAAUCCUUGGCCCAUGAUUGGAGGUACUGCAAUGUCUGUUGUACCCAAAGGUGAACUUGUUCAGUUAUCCGAGUCACAAGUUGGCGAUAUUUUGGUUUUAACGAAGCCUCUUGGUACACAGGUUGCUGUCAAUUUACAUCAGUGGUUGGUAUCUAAACCAGAUUUGUGGAAACAAGUCGAAGGAGUUACUGAUGAAGGUGAAGUUCUUUGGGCCUAUGAUGUGGCAACAGAAAGUAUGCAAAGACUGAACCGAACUGCAGCUAUUUUGAUGAAGAAAUACAACGCACAUGCAGCUACUGAUGUGACAGGAUUUGGAAUAUUAGGCCACGCAAAGAAUCUUGCACGACAACAAAGGAGACAUGUAACUUUUGUACUAGAAUGUCUUCCUUGCAUAAAAGGCAUGGCAAAGGUAGAUGGUUGGGUUAGACAAGGGGAUAGGUUUCAGUUACGUCGAGGGCUUUCUGCAGAGACGAGUGGUGGCUUAUUAAUUGCAUUUCCUGUUGAUAAUGUUGAAGGUUUCUUGAAUGAGAUAUAUUUAGAAGAAGGUUGGAGGUCUUUUGUUGUUGGUCGAGUUGUGGAUGGAAACCGAGACGCGUAUGUGAAAGAGCCGAUAGAGAUAAUCGAUGUGGAGUGAAGAGAUCAUUUUUAUGGUCAAGACCCUUAUGAAGGAAUGUUCUCCAACUCCGUUGUAAAGAGGAGAGGAACAUUGCGGAUUUGAUAUUGUCUUGAUAGUCUGUUAUAUGCAAAGUGUGGGUACUGCAGCCAAUUGUAUGAUUCUAUUCUACCUGAGGAAUAAAUGGAAUGUAACAAAUUCAUUUCAGUGAAAAGUUAUUUUUUUGAAUUGA